AUGAGUCUUGUUGGUGAAUUAACUUACUUUAUUGGUCUCCAAGUCAAACAAAUGGAUGACAUUAUCUUUAUCUCUCAAAGCAAGUAUGCUAAGAGUUUAGUAAAGAAGUUUGACAUGGAAAAUGCUAGUUAUAAAAGGACAGUUGCACCAACCCACUUAAAGUUGACUAAAGAUGAAGAAGGUGUAAAUGUGGAUCAAAGUCUGUACAAGAGUAUGAUUGGUAGUUUGAUGUAUCUUACAUCUAGCAGCCCUGGCAUUACAUUUGUUGUAGGAUUGUGUGCAAGGUAUCAUUAUGAACCCAAAAUGAUUCAUAUUACUCAAGUGAAAAGGAUUCUGAAAUACAUCAAUGGGACUAGUGAUUAUGGAAUGUUGUAUUCUCAUAAUGCAAGUUCCUUGCUUAUAGGAUACUGUGAUGCAGAUUGGGUUGCAAUGUUGAUGAUAGAAAGAGCACUUCUAGAGGGUGUUUCUUCUUGCGAAAUAAUCUAA